AUGCGUGGCUCCUCGGACAUCUUUGCCAACAGCAUCUCGUCAGACCAGCCACUCUCCAUCUUUGGAAGAUCUAACCAUGAGGUGACGUUGCCUGCAAAGACGCUGUCGAACUCCAGACCCGUUGAAACGAACAAGUUCUACGGAAACAUGUUGCUAGGUGACCAGACGUUGCCCGUCUGGACACAUCCUUACUCUGUGUGGUUCUCCAAGGACCUGAACUACGAAGGACUAGCGGUCCACCAUGUUCCCAAUUCCGAUAGAGUAUAUGGACCAGAUGCCAAUAGCAACCCUGUUCAGUACUUCUUUGGGCCAGUUGGGGUGAAAUCGUUUGUAUUUGGCUCCACGGACUUCAAUUCAAACGUCACCAUGGGGUUGGAGAACAUCAGACACCUCUCAGCUGACUGUAAGAUCUAUAGCCAGAACCAGGGCUAUAUCAUAUCGCCUUUGGUUCAAGGUGAAGGAUUCGUCACCACAGUUUACUUCAACUUGAUUCCAAAGUUCACAAGUGUUGUUGGGUUUGCGAAGGUAACCGGUGAUACCUCUCCUAGGGCAGGCAUAAACAAGUACAAAGUGACUCUCAACAACAAUAGAACGUGGACCUUGUACGUGACGUUACCUACUGGUCAAAGCUUGAACUUAUCCUUACAAGACGGCAACACAAUUGUCGGUGACAGAUCGGUAAACGGUGCAGUGUUUCAAGUCGUUUCCAGUACAGAUGCCGUAUUUGAUAAAGCUGCUGGAAUGUAUCCAACCCGUGGUACUCUCUCUGGAUCCGUUGACGGCACCACUGGAUCAUAUUCAGUGACAUACUCGACAGCAGGCUCGUCAAAUAACGGAACCACCGCGAUGUUUGCGCUUCCUCAUCACGUCUCUUCGUUCACAAGCUCUAUGGCUCAAUAUAAGACGAACAUCACUUUGGACACCAUCACCAAAGGCACGGCAACUUGUUAUUUGACAAACAAGUUCUCGUUUGAACUAACAGUGCCUUCGAAUAUUGGCCUUGAUCCUUACUCGUCGGUCCCUGGAACGUGGCUCAACUACUCAAAUAACGUCAAGAAUGCCAUAUACAACGCUGCAGUUGAAGAGGUCAAAGGCGAUGUUCUUAACGAGUCCAACUUGGAUUCGAUGUACGGUGCUGGUAAGAUAUUGGCCAAAUACGCCUGGUUGUUAUACGUUACCCAUUACGUGUUACAGAACAACUCCUUGACCACACAGUUACUUCCCAAAUUGAAGAGUGCUAUUGAAAGGUUCUCCAAAAACACACAGAAGUUCCCGUUAGCGUACGAUCAGACUUGGAAGGGGUUGAUCUCCACAGCUGACAGUGCAGCUGAUUAUGGUAAUUCUUACUAUAACGACCAUCAUUUCCACUACGGUUAUCAUGUGAUUGCUGCUGCUAUAACAGCCAAAGUGGAUAGGGAAUUAGGUGGUUCCUGGUUAAAUACCGUUAAGGAUUGGGUCAACGAUUUGGCAAGAGAUUUUGCAACUCCAAGUGAUGAUGACACCUAUUUCCCAGCCUUUAGAUCGUUUGAUUGGUAUAACGGACACUCCUGGGCAAAGGGUAUCUUUGCAUCUGGAGAUGGUAAAGAUCAGGAAUCAUCAUCCGAAGAUUACAACGCAUAUUAUGGGUUGAAGAUAUGGGGGUCCGUCACCGGUGAUUCCUCCUUGGAGCAGAGAUCUCUGAUUCAAUUGGGUAUCUUGAACAAGUCCUGCAAUAGUUACUUCCUCAUGGCUGAUGAUAACAAGGUCCAACCUUCAAACUUCAUCAAGAAUAAGGUCACCGGUAUCCUCUUUGAGAACAAGAUUGACCAUACAACGUACUUCGGAAACAACUUGGAGUAUAUCCAGAUGAUCCACGCAAUACCAAUCACCUCUAUCAGUUCCUUCAUCAGAACCCCAACCUUCACGAGGGAAGAAUGGGAUCAGAAGUUGAAAGCCAUUGUUGAUAGCGUCAACGAUGGUUGGAAGGGCAUCAUCAUGUUGAACGUUGCCCUAUUUGACCCGAACAAGGCCUACGAGUUCUUCAGCAGUUCGAGCUUCUCAAACAACUACUUGGAUAACGGACAGUCAAAGACAUGGUCCUUGACGUAUUCGGGAGCUUUUGCAAGCUAUUGA